AUGACGUCAAGUCUGGCCCCAUAUAAGGUGAGUGGUCCCCAGCCCUCAGUGCCCAAGCAGCUGCCCUGCUCUGACAUGGCCCAGCCAGCCCACGGCCUCCAGUGCUGCCUCCUCUUCCUUCUAGCUUCUUGGGAGGCAGGUGCUACUACGUACCAGGAACUUCAGAAGACUGAAGAGGAGGUAAAGACGACCUUGGCCAGUGAGAAGACCACACUAAUCCUAGUAAAACCUACAGAAUAUGAAGAAAAGACCACCUCAGACAGUGAGAAGACUUCACCAAGCUCACUAAGGCCUACAGAACGAGGAGUAAAUAUCACCUCAGCCAGUGAGAAUUCCACAAUAAUCCCAGUAAAUCCUACAGAACAUGAAAAAAAGACCACCUCAACCAGUGAGAGGGCCACCCCUACCCCUGUAAGGCCUACAGUACAUGAAGAUAAGACUACCUCGGACAGUCAGAAGACCAUACCUAUUGUAGUAAGGACUACAGAACACGGAGUUAAGACCACAUCAGGCAAUGGGAAGACCACAAAAGCCUCAACAGAGCCUAGAGAACAUGAAGAAAACACCACAUCCAUCUAUGAGAAAAUAACACAAGUUCCAGCAAAGUCCACAGAACACCCAGAAGAGACCACAGGGACCACAGAGAAAACCACCAGAGCUCCAGAAAAGCCUACGGCACACCCAGAAAAAACCAUGUGCACCAAAGGGAAAAGCACACCAGUCCCAGUAAAGCCUACAGAAAACCCAGAAAAGACCACACUGGCCAUUGAGACCGUAAGAGUGCCAAUAAUGUCUUCAGAAAACCCAGGAAAAACAGCGGCAGUCACAAAGACUACAAGAGCUCCAGUCAAGGUCACAGGAGACAAAUCAAUCACUACAACCUCUGCUCACCAAAGUAAAACUCAGGUCACCCAUCAGGUGCCCAUUGGUUCUUUUACACUCACCACAUCUAGAAUGGAGUUGAGUUCCACGGAGUCAGAACCUCCAGGCAACAACAGCCAUAAUGAUGGCUCACAGGGAGGUAUCCAUGCUGGACGAAUGGCAGAGAAUGAUUCCUUCCCCGUGUGGGCUAUAGUUAUUGUGAUCCUGGUGGCCGUGAUUCUCCUCCUGGUUUUUCUUGGCCUGGUAUUCUUGGUCUACUAUAUGUCUCGAACACGCCGUGCACUGACCCAGAACACCCAGGACAACGACCUAGAGGAUGAUGGGGGUCCAAAUUCCUACCCAGUCUACCUGAUGGAGCAGCAGACUCUUGGCACGAGCCAGAUCCCCUCCCCGCCAUGA